AUGCCUCCUAAAAACGCACCGCACUGCAUGACAAACACAAAGAAACGCAUAAAAAUAACAAACUCAUUGCAUAAAUUGCCCAACGAGCUGCUAUCCAAGGUGCUCAUCCCCCUGCCACUCGCAAACAUAAAAAAUCUGAGCAGGCUCAGAGAGCUGCAGACAAAGAUAACAAGCAACUACGUGCUGUGGCACAGCAAGUGCAUGCUGAGCAACGUAUCAACGCGGCGGGUGGAAAAGAGUGACGGGUACUUCGCGGUGUACAGGCAGUACUGCCGGAUACGCCGGUGCUGGAUGAGCGGCCACAUGGAGAGCAGAACGGUGUUCAGCACCAACCAGCCGGACAUAACACACGCACAGUGCAAUGACCGGUACAUCGUGGUGUCAUCGGAUGACCAGAGCAUAAAAAUCUUUGAUGUGAACGGCUGUCUGCGAAAGAACCUGGUGGGCCAUUUCGGGGGUGUAUGGACAUUUCAGUGGCACAAGGAUGUGAUUGUGAGUGGCAGCACCGACAAGAGCAUACGUGUGUGGGACUUUGUGACGGGAUGGCCGUUGCGGCACCUUAAGGGCCACCGGUCAACCGUACGCUGCCUGAAGGUGUACAAGGAGUACAUCGUGUCGGGUGCACGUGACAGCACGAUCAAGGUGUGGAGCAUGGAUGGUGUGCUGCUGCACACCCUGAAGGGACACGCGGAGAGUGUGCGGUGCAUAGAUGUGUACCACUCCAUGCUCGUGUCAGGCUCGUACGAUGGCACGGUCAUUCUGUGGGACUAUCCCAAGGGUGCCAUGGUGCGCAGGCUCAAAUCGCAUCUGCUGCGCGUGUACUCCGUGCUGAUAGGCAGGAACCACAUAAUAUCUGGGGGCCAGGACUCGUUCAUCCACGUGUCGGACAUAAAGGGGCAGUUCAUCACCACGCUGCACGCCCACCGCUCGAUCGUAGCAUGGCUAGAGCUAACGAGUGAUCCCGUGCACCGAAUAGAUCACCUGCUCGUGAGUGCCGGAGCAGAUGGCCAUAUUUGCAUAUGGGACCUGCACACCGGCACACUGCGUGAUAAGAUUGUGGAGAACAUGCCGAUCACCACGAUAGCACUUAAGAAUGAUUGUUUGUUUGUUGGUGUGCAUAACAGGGUGAAGGUGUAUGAUUUGAGGGACGCACAGUUCAAGAGAACGCUGAUUGAUAACCUGAGCAGUGUUUACAAGGUGUACUGUACUGAGAGCAGAAUAGUGGUGGGGUGCAAGCGUAGUUCGUGUGCUGAGAUCGCGGUCUUUUCGUACGACAUAUGAAGAGGUUGAUGAAUGGUGUACUAGCAGGGUAUUUGAUGCUAGCGUGGUAUUUUUAACAUGUUAUGGUAAUUUAACAUGUUAUGGUAAUUUAAUAUGGUAUGGUAAUUUAACAUGGUAUGGUAUUUUA